AUGGUCACCGCCGGCGCCCUUGCACACACACACGUACCCUUGCCUGUCCGGCCGGUGGCUGCGCCGGUGACAAGGAGGACGGGCAGCAAGCACAACACGCUGGCGAAGAAACACAUACACGUACAAGGGUCCAGGAGCAGCACCUGGGCAUGGAGGUUUGCAGCAGCUCCUCCCGCGUGGCUCGUCUGGGUAGCAGGCAGGAACCCAAGGAGGCACCCUCGAGAGGACUUGAAGAUGGUGGCAUACAUCCAUCCAUCAGGCCUCGAGGCACCGGGAGGGAUCCAGAAGGAACGCCCCAGAAAUUGUGGCAGCGAUGGCAAGCUGAAGGAGGAAGAGAUGCCGGCCACGGCGGCGAUCUACCCACGGCAGGCGCCCGAGGAGAUGAACAAACGGGAGAAGACCAAGCCUUGCUGA